GCUCGCGGAGAGCAGUGUGUGAGGUGCACUGCUUUCGCCGAGCUGCGGAGGCAGCGUGAGAGCUGGCUGGAAGAGCUCUUGAGACCGCGGCGUCGAGAGAUGUGGACGCACCCUUGGACAGUCCUGUUGCUGCUGUUCUUGCUAAAGCUCCUGUCUAGCAGAGCGACCCAAGCGGAAUGUGAAAUGGGGCAGUUUCAGUGCGACAAUGGCAGGUGCAUCCCCACAAUCUGGAGGUGCGACGACGACGACGACUGUACGGACAACAGCGACGAGGAGGACUGCCCUAAGAUGACGUGCGCACCGACGGACUUUGCCUGCCGGAAUGGCCAGUGUGUGCCCGCUCGAUGGCGGUGUGACGGAGAGGCCGAGUGCUCAGACGGGUCGGAUGAAGCAGAGACAACGUGCAGCCGACAAACAUGUCCACCAGAGAAGUUCAACUGUGGGGGUCCCAGCAAUAAAUGCAUCUCACUGUCAUGGCGCUGCGACGGGGAGACGGACUGUGAGAACAGCACUGACGAGGCCGGGUGUGUGACCGACGCCAAGCCCUGCCCCUCCGGCGAGUUCCAGUGCCGCAACAAGAAGUGCAUCGCCACCAUCUUUGUGUGUGACGGAGACGACGACUGCGGAGACAGCAGCGACGAGGAGCGCUGCUCGCUGCCCACCUGUGCCCCCCACGAGUUCCAGUGCAACAACUCGGUGUGCAUCCCAGAGCUGUGGAGCUGCGACGGCGACCCCGACUGUGCUGACAAAUCCGACGAGUCCAUCGAGCGUUGCGGUCACAAAACUGAGCCGGCCAGGCCCAGCUGCGCCUCCAGCGAGUUCCAGUGUGCCAAUGGGGAGUGCGUCCACCUCAACUGGAAGUGUGACGGGGAGCCCGACUGCAAGGACAAGUCCGACGAGAGCAGCUGCCCGGUUCUCACCUGCCGACCCGACCAGUUCCAAUGCGGCGACGGAUCGUGUGUUCAUGGGAGCAAGCAGUGCGACAAAGUGCACGACUGUCCGGACUACAGCGACGAAGCGGGAUGUGUCAACGCAACCCGGUGUGACGGCCCAAUGAAGUUCUCCUGCAAAAGCGGCGAAUGCAUCGACAGCAGCCGAGUGUGCGACUCCCAGAAGGACUGCCGGGACUGGUCUGACGAGCCCAUCAAAGAGUGCCAUUUAAAUGAGUGCUCCCAGAACAAUGGCGGCUGCAGCCACCUGUGCACAGACCUGAAGAUCGGCUACAAGUGCGAGUGCCCCUCGGGGUACAAACUGCUGGACAAGAAGACGUGCGGAGACAUCGACGAGUGCGAGAAUCCAGACGCCUGCAGCCAAAUCUGCAUCAACUACAAAGGAGACUUCAAGUGCGAGUGCUACGAAGGUUACGAGAUGGACGCCGUCACCAAGACCUGCAAGGCAGUGGGGAAGAGCCCUUACUUGAUGUUCACAAACCGCCACGAAAUCCGGAAGAUUGACCUGAUCAAGAAGGACUACACGCAGAUUGUGCCCACGCUGAAGAACGCUGUGGCUCUGGACGUGGACGUGGCCUCCAAUAAAAUGUACUGGUGUGACUUGUUUCACCGCAGAAUUUACAGCGCCUACAUCAACAAAGCGAGCGAGGCGUCCCAUCAGAUCACCCUCAUCGACAGCCACCUCCAUUCUCCCGAAGGCCUAGCCAUGGACUGGGUGCACAAGAACCUCUAUUGGACCGACUCGGGGAACAAAAGCAUCUCGGUGGCCACCACGGACGGGACGAAAAGGAAGACGCUCAUCGACAGCGAGCUCAGCGAACCCCGUGGAAUCGCCUUGGACCCCCGGGAAGGCUUCAUGUACUGGACAGACUGGGGACACCAGGCCCGGAUUGAGAAGGCAGGGCUCAAUGGAGUCAGCCGGCAGAUCUUGGUGUCAGAAAACAUUGAAUGGCCUAACGGAAUUGCGCUGGAUUUACCAAACAGACGUCUCUACUGGGUGGACUCUAAACUUCACCUCAUAUCCAGCGUGGACUUCAGUGGAGGAAACAGGAAGGUCCUCAUUUCAUUCACGAGUCACCCGGGUCACCCCUUUGCCCUGACAGUGUUUGAGGAUAAGGUUUACUGGACUGACCUGAAGAAUGAAGCCAUCUACAGUGCCAACAGGCUGACUGGACAUGACAUCUCCUUGCUGGCUGAACAUCUGAAUAACCCUCAUGACCUCGUCAUUUUCCAUGAACUCAGACAACCCCAAGCUCCAGACAGCUGUAACUCCGGCCCAUUGCCCAACGGUGGCUGUCAAUACAUGUGCCUGCCUGCACCCCAGCUAACCAAGCAUUCCCCGAAAUUCACCUGCGCCUGUCCGGAUGGGAUGCUGCUCAACUCGGACAAGAGGCACUGCCAUACAGAAUCUACAACAGCAAAGCCAAAAGGAACAAAGCCGGCAACAACAACCAAUGCAACGAGAGCAUUCUCCCCCAGCAGCCCUGCCCUGACUACAGAUGAUGCCCCCUUCUCUGCUACUCCUAGUGCUUUUAUGACUUCUACCUCAACCACCACAACUGCCACCACCACCACCACCACCACCACCACAACUGCCACCACCACCACCACAACUGCCACCACUUCCACCAGCACCACAGCUGCUCCCACCACCAGCACCACCAUCGGCACUGCUGCCCAUACAAACCCUGUGGCCGGAGUAAGAGCAGACAUGGAGGAGAGCCUCAACCCAUGGUUCAACACUGCGUGGACUCCGGCCUUCAGCCAGCACACUACUGCGGCGGCCAAACCUCCAGACGAUGAGCAGAGCGAGAGCAACAAUCUGUCUCACCAGGGGGGAAGCACGGAGUUCCUUCUGCUGACCGGCGUGACGGUGGCCGUGGUUAGCAUCGUCAUCCCUGCAGCGGUCAUCAGCCUGGUGUUUACCAGCAGCUUCCUCAUCUGGAGAAACUGGAGGAGGAAAAACACAAAGAGCAUGAACUUUGACAAUCCUGUCUACAGGAAGACCACCGAAGAGGACGAGGAUGAUGAAGUCCACAUUGGCAGGACGGAGCACAUUGGGCAUGUGUACCCUGCGCGUGUGGCUCUCAGCCUGGAGGACGACGGCUUACCCUGAAGACCAACAGCGCUGUGCUCCCCGAGGUUUGCAGCGUCGAUGGACGACAGAAGACCACUGGCUGAAGGAGCCAAGGAGUCGCUGGCGUUCUCACAUCCAAGGGGUUGCACUGCUAGGUGUUCUUAGGCUUAGAGUUUUGGGGUCUUGUUAUUGGGGGGGGAGGGGGGGUCGCAGGGUCGGACUUGACCCAUUCUGACCACGUCAGGUGGACUUCAUAUGCAGACGCGAGCGAGUGCUCGCCAGGUACCCCGGGGUGCUGUGCGGGACGGGGACAUUCUCUACCCAGCGUUGUGUAAAGUGACUUUUCCUAUCACUGCUUUGUAUUCCUGUAAAUGUUAUUUUUUUACUGUAAAUAAGAGUGAAGCUUUUUCCGUCACCGUUUUCAACAAACCAAUAGCGCGGAUCGAUUAGAAGCAGGUGGGAAAGACGACACAAGCCGGCAGUGACUGCACCUGCAUGGGAGGCCUGCUGGCCAGGCGACACGGGGUUAAAGCGAUCGGUGGGCUUGUGGUAGAUGGCACUGAGGCACUCGGCUCCACUGGCUCCAGCUGCGAAGGAAUGAGACGUCGAGAGUCACAUUUAACAGGCGAACUAGAGGAACGCUGUUAUUAAUACGCCUCGAAAUGAGACUAAUGGCAGCAGGCUGACCAUCAUGGGGACGAGUGACAUCGAGGGCGGAAGGAGAAAAGAGCAAAUCCACCUAAAAAAACUGAAAAAAGUGUGGGACACCGGAAAGGCCGUCAUGCGUAACUUAAAAUCUUCAAUAAUUAAUACACAAAAUACUGAAUUUAAAUAAUCGCCCCAAAAAAAUGACAAACACGUGAGGACACACGACACCGCAGAGUUGUUGAAGAAACGGAUAACAUCUUCCUCUGUGAUCCCUGCUCCUAACUGGCGCCUUCCCAGAAGCCCCUGUCGAUGACAUAGUGCUGAUUUUUGGGCUUGCUUGGAACGUUUCCUGUUUCAGCCAGAAGUGGUCAGGUGGUGCAGCGACCCUUAAGCAUGAUGGGAAUUGGAGUCCUGUCAGGUAGCACUGCUAGAAAUGACCUUUUGGUUUUGGUUGUUUUUGGUCCUUUUCUCUCAUCGCUGGGUCCACUGUCUUACUUUUCCUUUCUAGGACUAGUUUGGAACGUUAUUACCACAGGACGUGGUGCAAAGAAUCCAUAAAAAAUGUGGACGUCAACGCUCAGUGUCUUUUUUGCCCCCCAUUGUAUUCCACCAGUUGGUCCAUAAGAGAUGAAUUGUAUUUGUCGCUUUGUUUCUGUGGUGGGCCCUGACCAUCUGCUUCAUCAGUUCAUGGUGGAGACGACUGGGGGGUGCGACGUCCGGUGGCCAGAAGCCUGAGCCACAGUGUUGGAACGAGGACAGGAAGGCAAGCAGAGGUGGAAACUUUAGUACGGAGCCAUUUUCGUAACGUAUGUUUUUUAUUGUAUUUAAGCAUUUUAUAGGCAGGGAUUUCAUUUCUGAUAUUCGUUUCUACUUUCACUUUCCUUUUGUAACAAUAAUAUUUUUUUAUACGUGUAUUUUGUGUUAUGUUAGUUUUUUUAUUGUGGGGAAUUUAUUUUUGUGGCGUUUCUUAACCGUUUUAAUUCGUUUCUGUCUUUACUCUCCCCAAUCUUCUUUUACGCAGCGUGGGAGCCGUGUCAUGUGACCUGCACACGCAUGACGUUACUGUUAGUGACGGUGUCAUGAUUCGGUUUCGAGUGAAUUGAUUUGGUGUUAUCCACGCGAUGAACGCUGUUUUUUCUUAGGUGCUUUUCUCAGCGCCAUUUUGAGAGCCGUCGUUGGCGCUGCUUCACGCAUUGCUAGAGGGGGCGGCUUCUAGGAUCGCGAAUGACACGGAAUCGGCACGGCAGGGGGGCUCCUUUCAUUGUCUAAUCUGUGGAUACAAACCUCCGUAAGAAAUACUUAAACACGGCACGGUGGCGCAGUGGGUGGCGCAAAUGCCACGCAGGUAGGAGACCCGGGUUCCCAGGUCCUCCCUGCGUGGAGUUUGCAUGGUGUCUGCGUGGCUUUCCUGCCACAGCCCAAAGACAUGCAGGUUAGGUGGGCUGGCGAUCCCAAUAUGUCCUUAGUGUGGGUGUCCUGUGGUGGGUUGGCGCCUGCCCACGAUUUGUUCCUGCCUUGUGCCCUGUGUUGGCUGGGAUUGGCACC